AGGUGAUAGCUUCAUGCUGCCAGCUGAGAAGCAGGUCGGUCAGGUUCCUGGUGCUCUAUUACCCCAGCGGCUCGGGCCAGCUGCGCCUCAUUCUGCUGGUCGCACACUCUCGGGCUCAGGGGGACAGUCACACUUGACCCACCCGCUCCCUCCGAGCUCGGCAGGCUCGCUCGAGCCAGGACGCUGUCUGGGAUAUUGGGGUUCCUGCUUGGAGACAGCCUCCAGGACCUGGAGAUUCUCCUUAAUAACACCAAUACAAGAAAAGACUACAAUGUUGACCUCAGUCAAAAUUCUGUUGAUUUCAAAUUUGUUUAGUUUACUAUUAAUUGGAAGCCACGGGAAAGAAAUUCUAAAAAAAACCACAACACAAAGCAUUGCAGCAGGUUUAAAAACAAUGGAAAAUGAAUCUGUUCCUUUGGAAAGUGAUACAAAUUCAAACUCAGAUAAAGAAAAUAAAGAAACCUCCAAUCCCAAGGCAAGUAAUUCCUCUCUAUGGGAUCCAUCAAAUAAACACCAUGGAACAACAGAAGUCUUCAACAAUGCAUCAACAAACAACUUUUCUGGGAAUCUAAGACCCACGCCUAUGUUUCCCACAGACCCUCCUCUGGUCCAUAGCUUUGUUUCUAAAUUGCCUCGGAACUCAUCGAUAGCAGAUGAAAAUCCUCCUCCAGUCUCAGCACCUCCCAAUGCUACAUCUGCUAUGUCUUCAGAAAAGUUCACUUGGCCUUCAGCCAGUGAAACCAUGAAAACUCCUGACAACAGUUCCAUUUCAGUUAGCAUCCUCCCUGCAGCACCAAACACCAUGACUGUGACCCCCAUGGCAACAGAACCAGAUGAGUGGCUCACCACAUCCAAUGAUAGCUUCAUAGGGUUCACCCCCUACCGAGAAACAACAACUCUACAGCCCACCUUAAAGUUUACCAAUAAUUCAAAAAUCUUCUCAAAUACAUCAGACCCCCAAGAAGAGAAUAAAAAUACAGGAGUAGUAUUUGGGGCCAUUUUAGGUGCUAUUCUGGGUGCUUCAUUGCUUAGUCUUGUUGGCUACUUGCUGUGUGGAAAAAGGAAAACGGAUUCAUUUUCCCAUCGGCGACUUUAUGAUGACAGAAAUGAACCAGUUCUGCGAUUAGACAAUGCACCAGAACCUUAUGACGCGAGUUUUGGGAAUUCUAGUUAUUACAACUCAACUGUGAAUGAUUCAUCUGUGCCAGCAGGCCAAGAAAACGCACGUGACGGCAUUCCUAUGGAUGACAUACCUCAACUUCGUACCUCAGUAUAGAACUAAGGGGAAAAAGGCUUCUGACGGCAAACGAGCGCCUACAUCCUAGGCUUUUCACAAACCCAUCUUCCAAAAGCUGAAGCAAGAUCACUGUCAUGUGGCUGUGCCAAGGAGAACUAUAAAAGUAUGAGACUUAGUAGCAGAAACAUAGAGGAUAAAUCAUCUAAAAGGUUUCCUUUCUUACUGUUUUUGGCUGCGCUGAAUCAUCUAUCGAGUAACCUCAAUUUGUAUUUUGGUCUCUUUUAUUCUUAGUGGGAAAUGUUUGUGGGAUUCAGGUGAAACUAAAAGGCUUCACGGUGAUUGCCCUGCCUGAUGACUUAAUUAACCCUGUUGUCCUAAUUGCACCAAGAUUGGCAUUCUCUUGAGGGAAAACUGGCACAGUAAUCUUUAAAAAAAAUUUUUUACUUAAACAAGAGAGAGAUUAUAUGGAGUUUCUGUUCCUGGGAAAUUAAGGAAAUGGGCGUGGGACAUUUGUACUCUAGUCCAUUUUACUUCCCUGUAUCAGCAAGCACAUACACGGUCAGCCCCUGGAAGUGCCAAGCUGGCAAUGACUUUGCAUCUAACAGGAUAAUGGUAGGAAAGCUGACUCUAACCAGGAAAGGCCUCACUUCUCUCCAAAGGGUGGGGACUUCUAACCUGAGUUAGUUUAGAAUCAAUUAAUUGGGUGCUUUAAACAGUCAAUGGGAAGCAUGGUGAAAAAAAAAGUCAACCAGAGCAUAUACCUGUACAGAAUUUCUACAGUUUUAAGAUGUUAAAUAAGAACAAGAGUCAUUAUGUAUUAGAUAUCAUUGCUUAAUCAUCUAUGGACUAGAUCCUGUAUCUCUAAGUGUAUAAAGUAUAGGUUAAACAAAUAGACAAAGAGAAAUAUUAUGCAGAUGAAAAAAUUCUUGAGCAUCGGUUUUACACCCAGAAGUACACGCAGUGUAAUUUGGAUUUUAGCAUGUUUCAGUUUGUUUUUAAUCAUCACCUGCUUUUGGCAGGGAAAAUGUUCUCCUUAGUAUAGGAAGGCCCAGGCUUUAGGAUUAGAGCAAGAGUUAAAUUCCCAAAGAAUCUGAAUGUGUGAAGAGGGCAAACAGAGCGAGAGUUGAAUUACACACGUGUGUGUGUGUGUGUGUGUGUGUGUUUGUGCGUGCGUGCGUGAGAAGAAACACAGCAAGGGCCUCAGAACAUGAGGACUAACAAUUAAGUAACAGAACAUACUUACCCCAUAUUGCCAUAAAAAUAGCAAAGAAGACUGUGCCUCCAUUAUCAAACAAGUAUGUCACCUGAAUGGAAAAUAAAGCAAAAAUAUUAGUCACAUAUUGAUUACAAUAAUCUAGUGAUUAUAGUCCACAUUUUAAGUUCUAUGAUUUUUUUCCCCAAUGGAAUCACCCUAUUUUGUGGCUUGUAAAUAGACAAUAUGAGAUCCUUUCAUGGGUCCUACAACGGUUUCAUUUGAUUUGCUCAUGGGGAGAGGUGAGGACUCUCAACAUUUCCCCCAUUUCUUCUUUCUUCCCUUUGGUCUUCAUUUCUGCUAAGAAUUGGUUCUAGCACCCUGAGGAAGUAUUUGUGAGCCAUGGAUUGUCAAGCUGAAGUUAGCUUUUCAGGGCACCUGGGGGGCUCUGGAGUUGAACGUCUGCCUUCAGACCAGGGUGUGACCCCGGGGUCCUGGGAUCGAGUCCUGCAUCAGGCUCCCCGCAGGGAGUCUCCUUCUCCUUCUGCCUGUGCCUGUGCCUCUCUCUCUAUGUCUCUCAUGAAUAAAUAAAAUAUUUUAAAAAAUUAGAAAGUUAGCUUUUCAGUUGAGGCAUACCUAGUUAUACUGUCAGAGAAACUUCCAGGACUGAGGAAGUUACAAAAUGCAGAAUUAUGCCAGGGAGCCAGGGCUUCCAAUGGAAAGGUAUGGCAGUGCUAGCCUGACUUUCUGACAUCUCUUAGAAUGUGCCAUAGGGUCCAACAGCAGCAACAAUUAUUUUUAAGAAGUUUCAUAUAUCACUAAACAUUUAGGAUAUAGUCUAAGUGUUUUUUUUUUUGAAUCAGACAUUAUCUGAAUUUUUAUAAAGAACAGUGUACAGUUAUAUGAUGUUACUGAAGGGCUGCAGGGCUGCAAGGACUGUUUGAUUAUAAUAAAUUAAAAAUUCAACUUA